AUGCUCAUCACGACAGCAAGAAAAAUGGCCUCUUCUCGCUUCAUCCUUGCCAUAGCCCUCUUGGCAACCUUAGUACACGCUCAAUGCUACUACCCAGACGGCGGAGAUGCCCUCCGGGACGUGCCAUGCAAACCAGAUGCUGAAGUCUCCGCCUGUUGCGCCGAGGGCUACAUCUGCGUCUCGACGGGCAUGUGCCAGUUCGUCGAGUACGCAGGCACGGGCAGGUUCGCCCGUGGCAGCUGUACAAACCAGGACUGGUCUAGCAGCGAGUGUCCCAACUUCUGCACCGACGCCGAGGGGGAGGAAGCCGGAGGCACCGACGUGACGAGGUGUCAGGGGUAUACGGAUCGGUUCUUUUGUCCUAGGAGCCAAAAUGCCAAUGUCUGUAAGGAUGAGUCCAAGGCCCUCACCUUCUCGGAACCUUCUGUCCUUACAACUAUCCUUGCGGCAACAAAGUCGGUCCAGUCUACACAGUCAACUGAAACCUCUGAAGCAACUACAACAUCAUCAAGCCAAGAAACAACGCCAACCACCAAAGACGAAGGGACCAGCACCACCGCAUCCACAUCACCAAACGAGACGGGGCCGGCAGACAAGGACUCCGACUCAGACUCGGGCCCAAGCCCCGCGCUCCUAGGCGGAGCCAUCGGCGGUUCGAUCGGAGGAUUUCUCCUCGGCGGUCUUGGUGUCUGGCUUAUAUUUUUUCUCCGAAAGGCAAAGAAGGACGCCCUCGAUCGCUCCAGGGUUGUCCCCGAGGUUGAGAACGGAUACAAAGAUGAUCACCAGCCGGCACCAAAGGCAGAGAUGCCGGCCGAAUCGGCGCCUGCUGAGCUUCCGGGAUAUUCGGUCAGUGACAGGUCACGACAGGACUAA